AUGCUGUUGGCAAAAGACUUAAACUGUGGACUUAACGUUUUCCCAAAUACCAGUUUCAGUGUUAUCAAGAUUUUUGAACAAAGAUCAUGCUUCCGUCGCUCGCAGUCGGCGCCUCUUUUAUUUUCCCUUAAGCCUUUGAACCCGGCAGCGGAUGCAGUCGUAAACGACCCUGACAAUGCUAGUCUUUUAUCAAAACUGCAGGACGGCCGGCGAGUCUUAGGUAUCCGCGUCAAUAUGCGUUCGAAAUGUCCAUAUGUCUUGGUGACGAUCGGAAGUGGCGAUGCCGAUAUUCUGGUGAAACGACCUAAUAUUGCACCGAUCCAGUGCUCAUUCAGUGCCAACUGGGACACUGGCGUUACCAUGCUUCGCGAUACCUCGAUUGACAGCAGCACCGAGACUUUCGGUGCAUGCUAUGCCGUUUGGAGAUGGUCGUCACCGCCUACUUGUGGUUGCAUGUGGGUUUAA